AUGGGUCUCUUUCUCCCUCCCACCUCCCAAAUCACGCUCUCUCAACUCUGUCAGCACGGUAACAGGUCGAAGAAUGCGGAGGAAAAAGGCAUCCUCGUUUGGUUGCUUUCCAGCACUUUACAACUCAAACAGCGAGUGCGCGAGGCUAUUGGAGGAGGCCAUCACGUGACUACAUUGUUUACCCUUGUUGGAAAACAAUUAAAGACGGCAGUGAGUGAGAGCAGUUCUGCGUGGAGAAAACAUGCUGAAGAGAAUUCAUCAAAACAUUAUGAAGGCCAUAUGUGGAACUUUCAAAAACACUCUCAACAUCCCUAUUCAUUCUCUGCUGGUGUCAACCAGUCCACGAAUGAAACGACAAACUCCUUGGACCGGGCGAAUGCAACGGGGUGCAAGCUGUCAACUUCCUGCUUUUCAACCAAGAAGUACCCUUGGAUGAGGGAGACACAUACACCUAUAAACUUCAGCUCCAUUAACGUCAUGGAAUCAGGUGAUUCCAGGUACAGCAAUGGUGAAGUACAGCAUAGCAGCUGUUCUAACAGUAAACGGGCACGUGCAGCGUUCACCUCCUCCCAGCUGCUCGAGCUGGAGAAGGAGUUUCACUUCAGCGCUUACCUGUGCCGCAACCGGAGACUUGAAAUGGCUGCGCUGCUGAAGCUCACUGACCGCCAGAUUAAAAUCUGGUUCCAAAACCGUCGUAUGAAGGAUAAGAAAGAUCACAAAGAAAAGUCAAAUGCAAAGUCCUCUUACUCCUACCUGGAAACAGGUAACCAACCCUUUGUGAUUAGUGGCAGCACAGCGGAUUCCCCAGCGCCAUUAAAAUUCCAGUACCACUAUGAGAGAACAUCAAUGUCUGGUAUGAACUGUGCACAGAGCCACCGGUGAAACAGGAAGUCCAACAACCAGGGUCUUCUGCUUUCAGAAUCCAGCUGUCAGCACUAAAAUAGCACUAAAGCCUGAUUCACAUGAAUGACUGAAUUCUCUUGGAUAAUUUAAAUACAAAUACAAAUUCUCCACAAAAUAUGUACCUGUUCUGUCACUGACCAGUUUUUUUCCCCAUUAUAACUCUCUCUGACAUGAUUUAUAUUUAAGGAAACUGAAGAUUUAUUGCCCCUAGAUAAUGAUUUAUAUGAAAAUGUUAGUUCAAUAGCCAAGUUUGCUCUGAACCAGAUUACAUGUUAUCAGCUAGUACAUGGUAAAAUCAGAGUUAGUCUCCACUGUGCAUAAAUCGCUGUAGUAAUAAUAUCUUUGCAAAGCGCCAAGAUUUAUUGCGCACGGAUGCAGACUCACUUGUACAAGUUUAUCUCUUGGGCACAGAAAAUACAAUUUAAAAAGGGCAUUCAAGACCUGACUGGUCAUUAACAUGCCCUCAACUUUUGUAAGUGCACAACAUAUUUUUAUUGCUCUCAGAAUGAUAUGUUAUUUUUCCCACGGCAUGUGCUGAAACUUUUAACAUAUGUAUUAUAAUGGCCAGAAAUGUUCAAAUAUUUAACCCAUGUUGAAUUCCAAUGACUUGUUCUCCUAUUGACAAUGCGCUACUCUGAGUUUGACUUUACACAAGUUUUGUUUUCCUGUUGAUACUGAAAGUAUACUGAAUUCAUGGUGUUUUGACUGACAAAUGAAUAAAGCAACAAAACAGGAUUAAUUCACGGUCACAAUGCUAAGUCAAUGUCAGAAUUCUUGCUUUGAUAAUGUUUUGAUUUGAUUUGACCUAUUCAUGUAGACUAAAGUGUGAACAAGACAGAGCAGCAAUGUAAAAUGUUUAUAUUUCUAGAUCUUGCCACUUUUAUUGUAAUUUGGUCAUAGCUGAUUAAAAGCAUGCAUUUUGAAACGGCA